AUGUUCACAUUAAACAUUUUUUUGAAUACAGCAAGCACGGCGAGCACGAGGCAUCACUUCAGAGGGCAGAAGAUGGCGUUGUGGCUGCAACUGAUCCCAAGAGUGCAUCAAGAUGGAUGGCAUGCCGAUGUUGCGAUGGAUGAUUAUGUUUACAACAGGCCAGUGCAAGGUAAACGUGAGAACGUUGCAAGCCAUGAGGAACAGGGUAAUAAUAAUAAAGUUGAUGUUGGCGACUAUGCUGUUGAUGAAAUUUUGGACCAUAAAAUUGGUGAAGAAGGAAGUGAUGAGGCUUUAAACGAUGAUUAUGACUUGGAUUUCGGUACCAAAAGUGAUGUCGAUUUCAAAAAACAUCAACUGCAUAAGCUGGAUUGUCGAGAAAAUUUUCAAAUUGAUGAAGAUGUUGAUAACAUUAUUAAUGGGAAUGUUAAUGAUUGGGAGUGCUUCGAAGACGAUACGACACUGACAGACAAACAAGUGAUAAGCUCCGCAUUGAGUCAUUGCUACAGAAAUGAUUUUAAAAAUUUUAAAAACUAUUUGACGAACUGUUUGCUUGAAAUCGACAACUUCAAUUCACCACCGCAAAAGUUUGACAACUCACUUUUUACGUUUUUAAAACCCUACUACUACCAACUUGGACAGCGUGCACCUUUGUUUAAUGGACAACAACAUCGUCAAAACAAUCCGUUGAUAUUUCAUUAUUUUGCCUGUCCCGGCUUUUUCACGAGUCAUUGGUCAAAUGCAUCACAUCAUAAUCCACUUCAUGCAUCGUUUGAUCAACUCUAUAAACAGCAAACUAACCUGACUUUUCAAACGUCAUUCAAUAAAACAGACAACUUUUCUUUCUACUCAAACGACAGCAAUGAAGAAAACAUGACAGACCAUGAAAAGUUUGAAAAAUGGUUAAGUCAUUCGACCAACGAGUUUCACACCUCGUCCAAAUACGUCAAUUCUCGCUCAACGUUUCACAAAAACAAUUUCAACGCCGUAAACUUUGAUACAAACGGCAUCAUUGAAAGUAAGAAGGACAACCCGAGUCAGCGCGGCUGGUCUCUACUUACAACCACAAUUCUCAUCGGAUUGGUAUUCUUAGUUUUAAACGUUUUUCUUUUUAUCACCACUUUUGUUCAGUGGCAUUUUUUGGGACGAAAAUUCAAGCGUCGUUUAGAUACGAAAAUUGACAUUUCUGAUUUUGAAAAUCGAUUAAGCGCUUCAAAAUUUUGUGAUUCGGUUGAUUAUUUACUAGAACACAACAAGCGAUCAAACCGACUCGAUAAGAAAACUUUGCAAAUAACUCGACCUUGCGAAAUGAAGCACGAAAGGAAGAACGAAGGUGGCUUAAAAGAACCCUCCUUUUUGUGCAACCACACAGAUAUCAGCAGCAGCGUAAACAAACUGCAAAGUUCAACCAGCCUCACGAACUACAUCGACAACAUUCUGAAUGACACGAACGCGAGCACAAAUUCUUUGAACAGAAAUGUAUCAAACAAACGGCAUUUCGAAAAGUUUUACACUAUCCCUAAAACAUCAACAAACUCGAUCGUGUUAAAAAAGCAAACUGACGUGCAAAACGGGAACGCCAGCAUUGAUUUUAAUUCGAACUGCAAUGUUGAAUCAGCUGAUUACAGUUUCGCUUCAUUUAUCAUAGAUAAAACAAAUUACCUAACCGCUUCCAAGUGUAAUGAUCUAAACUCUUUGAACAUCUCAACUUUGAACAGAAUUAAAAUGAUUGAUUACGAUAAACUGGAUGACCAGAAAUGCAAAUAUAAUGUCAGGUUCAGUGAAAGUCAAUCAGUCAGACAAUCAGAUAUUCAAACGCUGCAUUCAAACAAAAUGCUUCACCAUCAUUGUCCUCAACAUCAGCAACCUCGUGUUCAGCAGCAGCAGCAGCAACCAAACUCCGCUGAGCAUCCUAUCAACACUCCCAUCACGAAUAAUUUUCACUCUCAAAAUACCUCAAACCCGUUGAAUUUAUUAUUAAAAGAAAAUGAUCUCACGACAACAGACGAAUUGAGUCCAAAAAUGAGACCCGUCUGUUACGCAGCACCCAGCCUUCCGAAAAACGACACUUCUAAAUGUAAUGUAUCGACCGUUGUAUGA